AUGUUUAGUUUUCUGAAGCGCGAGAAAAAUAAUCAGGAAGUGGUAGAGAAUGUUGUUGGCGAGCUAAAGAAAAUCUACCGCAGCAAGCUGUUGCCUUUAGAGGAGCACUACCAGUUCCAUGAUUUUCAUUCACCCAAGCUUGAAGACCCAGACUUUGAUGCCAAGCCAAUGAUAUUGUUGGUGGGUCAAUACUCAACUGGUAAAACCACGUUUAUACGUUACCUGCUGGAACGCGACUUCCCCGGCAUUCGUAUUGGCCCUGAGCCCACAACAGAUCGUUUCAUUGCCGUAAUGCAUGAUGAGAAGGAGGGUGUUAUACCUGGAAAUGCACUUGUUGUCGAUCCGAAAAAGCAAUUCCGUCCACUAAGCAAAUACGGCAAUGCCUUUUUAAAUCGUUUCCAAUGCUCCACUCUCAACUCACCCGUCUUGCAAGCGAUUUCCAUUGUUGAUACACCUGGUAUUUUGUCAGGCGAAAAACAACGUAUCGAUCGUGGUUACGAUUUUACCGGCGUCUUAGAAUGGUUUGCAGAACGUGUGGAUCGAAUUAUACUACUCUUCGACGCUCAUAAACUCGAUAUCUCAGAUGAGUUUAGACGUUCCAUUGAAGCGCUUAAGGGCCAUGACGAUAAAAUCCGUAUUAUACUCAACAAGGCUGACAUGAUUGACCACCAACAAUUAAUGCGGGUAUACGGUGCGCUUAUGUGGUCUUUGGGCAAAGUGCUGCAAACACCCGAAGUAGCGCGUGUCUAUAUCGGUUCUUUCUGGGAUCAACCACUACGUUUCGAUGCCAAUCGUCGCCUAUUCGAAGAUGAAGAACAAGAUCUGUUCCGCGAUUUGCAAUCACUGCCACGCAAUGCAGCGCUGCGCAAACUUAACGAUUUGAUUAAGCGGGCUCGCUUGGCGAAGGUACAUGCCUUCAUAAUUUCGGAAUUACGCAAAGAUAUGCCAUCAGUGUUCGGUAAAGAUAGUAAAAAGAAGGAUCUUAUUAAGAAUCUGGGUCAAAUCUAUGAUCGCAUUCAACGUGAACACUCCAUUUCACCGGGUGAUUUCCCAGACAUCAAGAAAAUGCAGGAGGUGCUGCAGCAUCAAGACUUUAGCAAAUUCCAUUCUCUAAAACCACAUUUACUGGAUGUUGUUGAUAAUAUGUUAGCCAAGGACAUCGCGCGACUAAUGGAAAUGAUACCGCAAGAAGAAAUGACGCUCGUGUCAGAACCAGUGGUCAAGGAACUCAAAGGUGGCGCCUUUGCUGGUGUAAUCGACGAUCACGUCUCACCGUUCGGCUACAUGAAGGGCGAGGGCAUCGACGCUGGUUUCGGCGAACACGACUGGAUCUGCGAUCGCGAUAAGCCACGCACGGAUGCCAUCUUCAACGCGCUGGGGCCAGUGGAUGGGCGCAUAUCGGGAGCGACUGCGAAGCAAGAACUCAUCAAAUCGAAGCUGCCCAAUUCGGUGCUYAGCAAAAUCUGGAAGCUGUCCGAUGUCGACGGUGAUGGUUUCCUGGAUUCGGACGAAUUCGCACUCGCGUUGCACUUAAUCAAUGUGAAACUGGAAGGCAACGAACUKCCGAAUGUGCUGCCCGAACACUUGGUGCCACCGGCGAAACGUUGCUAGUGUUAUUAAGAAAACAAAUUUUUACUUUAUCAUUUCUUUUUUGUUUGUUCACAACUUAAUUGGCGUUAUGACGUGCGUACGUUUCACCUCGCUUCAGUUUCCUAUGAAUGAUAUCGUUGCUAAUCUGUUAAUGUUAUACGAAAAUGGUACUAUGCGCUUAAGUCACCUAAAGCUACUAUGUAAACUACUCCUAUUUAUAUGGUUUAUACAGCUACAUAUACGUAUAUAUAAUUUGUUGUCGCUUAUGUAAGCGCUGGCAAUCGGUAUGCACAAAGCGUCGUUAAAAGUGCAUUGUUAACUAU